AUGGGCGGCAGAUUGGAUGAGGGGUCGUCCAAGCGGCGGCGACGGAACGCCGAGAAGCCGCCGCGGAAGCAGCACCUUUACUUGGCCCUGGAUGACUGGGAGGGUGGGUACAGCAUCCACAAGCUUGACGCCGACAUCAUCUUGGACGAUAUAGGAGACGGGGGAGAGCACAAGCUUCCGGAGCCUGCUGCCAUCCGGAUAAAGACGCCAGUGUAUGGCAGGAUGAUCUUCACCGCUCUGGGCACCACCAUCUUCAUUGACACCAAUCCACACAACCGCGGCGACAACGCCCCCCCAACGUUUGUAUACGACACAGAGACUGCUGCCCUCACCGUGGGCCCGCGCAUUCCACGUGGGAUUGAUGGCUUAUCGACUUUCAUGGCUGCUAGCGAAAAGCUAUAUGCCUUGACAAGCGUAGACUCGCCAGAUCAUCCCUGUGUCCAGGCCUUAUCGUGGGCUCGCACCGCCACAGACAAGAUAUGGGAACCAGACAUGGACUGGUCCUGGAGCAGAGUGCGGUCGUCACAACCCCGGUGCCAUGGGAUCGACGUCGUCAGCUACGCGUUGCACCCGGACGGCCAUACCAUCUUCAUGUCCACGUACAAGGGAAGAACCUACACCUUCGACACCAGCACCGGCGAGUGGAAGGAGCUUGGGAACGAUUGGGUGUUGCCCUUCAGAGGACGAGCUUUCUUCGACGCACAGCUAAAUGCAUGGGUUGGGAUUGAUCGCAAGGAAGCUGGAUAUGUUUGUUGCUGCCAGAUUGCCUCCCGCAGCGCCACCACCAGACGGCCGCUGGAAUGCAGGGUGCUCAAGGAGAAGUUGUUCCGCUUCAACAACGAGGAGAAGUACAAGGACGGCGGCCGGUACAUGAAAGCCACGCUUACCUACAUGGGCGAUAGCAGAUUUUGCCUCGUCGAGAACAUCUUACGCAGCGAGGAAGGCGUCGACGACGGCACCGUGCUCCAUGUUACCUUGUUUGGCCUCAAGUACGACCACAUGGGAGAGCUCCGAACUAAGCUUCCCUGUGGCACUAAGUCCUAUGCAGUGUCCAAGAACAAUGCCUAUUUCUCUCACGCCGCAUUUUGGAUGUAA